CCAGCAGGUGGCCAUUGAGAUGGAAGAAAGUCUGUAUGAGGAUGCAAAUGAUAAAAUAAGGCUGGGAGAAGAGCUGAAAAAAGCGCUGGUCGAGUUCGAGGACAUUCCUGGUGUUGCCAAAGUGCAACGAAAAAUACAACAGGAAUUGAAAUUCUUGGAAAAGGUUACACGCACAAAAACCUUGAAAGAGAAUCACAUCACGAGCAGCAACUUUGUCAAUUAUGAAUUUCUGAUAAAAACACUGAGCCUGCAGCAAGGAGUCGUCGAUAUUAAUGCUGUAUUUCCACUCGAAUCCCGGGACAGUCCGCUACGAGUUGAUAUUGUGGCCAAUAACGGUCUAAAAUGGAUUAAGGUCAUUGCGCGCAACUCGAAAUCCAUCGAGGAGGCGGCCCGUGGUUGUGUCAGUUUUGGGGCACGUAGCGUUCUGGAUCAAGCUAAUGAUUAUUUGGAGGCCAGCGAGUUGCAUUUCUGCAUGUUUCAUCGACCCAAAAUUGUAUUUUAUUUCUCGAACAAAAUUGAGACAUCAUUGCAUGAUGAACUCAAGGAGAUGGGAGUGCAAACGGCAUCGUUGGAGAAGCCCGACAUGGAUGUGGAUCAAUAUGCCACCAUGUCCGAUGAGCUGAAUAUUGAUGUCACCACAAUGCUGGCCUAUACCAGUUCUCUCACCAACGGCGGCUGCAAUUUUGUGUUCAAGGAACCACUUUUAACCGAACAGGCGGAGAAGGAGCGUGAAUGUCCUGUGAAACCGAUACUUGAGAAGAUAUUUGAAGGCAAGCGUUUGGUGUGCUGCCAAUUGGCAAACGACGCAUUUCAAAAUAUACUCUCAGUGCUCGGCGGCGUCAAGGAACGGGAACUUGCUGUUGAGUUUAUGAAACGCGUUACGGUUUAUCCAGAUGUUGAGAAAUUGCCCGAGGAGUUUUCCAAUAUACGAUUUACGGCUAAGGUGAAUGAACGUAGCCUAAAGAUAUUUAGUUUUGGCAUGGAACGUAAAAUAUUUACAGUUACUUCCAAUAAGGCAUUUGUCAGAUCAGCUAAGAUGCAGGGAAUCAACGUUCCCGUUUUUGUGCAUGCAUCACGAGCGCUGACUGAGGGCAAACAGGCAAACGCUAAACCGAUCUAAAAUGACAUUUUAUUUUUAUUUUUGUUUAGCAAUAAGUGUUUAAUUUUUUUUUUUUAUCAUAAAUCGAUUCUAUCAUCAACGCCUAAAUUGGCAUAUAUGAUACCUAGUGCUCUAGAAGCGACAUCA